AUGGGCAGAAAAUGGGAAUCAACAAUAUUCAAAGCUCAUACAGCAGCUGUUUAUUGUGUCGAUUUUGCAAUUGAUGAUCAAAGUUUAUUGAGUUCAUCUGAUGAUAAAAUUAUUAAAAGAAACGCAGACGAAGGAGAUGGAUGGAACUUUUUUCUUAAUUGUAUUACAUCAAUUAUUCGAGCAUUUUGCAUUGCCGAUGCUCAAAUUUAUUUUGAAUGGAUAAUUAUUGAUUGCGAUUUUUUUGCGAUAUCGCUAGGCUCGCGAAAACUUGCCCCAAAAAACCGCUUAAUGGAUGACGUUAUUCAACUCUUGGCCGUAUAA